CUCAGAAUCAUCAACGUCAUCGCUAUACUUCUGGGCUUUCGUCAGCCUUCGUAUCGUCUUUCGAGAUCGAUCAAAUAAACUACCUAACACAAUGUCAGCAUCCGAACCCAUCAAGAAAAAAGAAAACUUGGUGCCGUACACGCCAAAUAAAAUAUUCUCAAGAAAAUGAGCAUUAACUACCUCUUCCCAUAGAAUUGGGGCUCUACAUUUAACUACCUAAAUAAAUCAAAUGAUUGUGUCAGUUUCGGCUACAGACAUAAUAACGGCCUGAUAACUUAAGCAAAACAAAAAAAGAAAGGAAAAAAAACCUCUUGCUAUCUGUCGCUUUCUCCAGAUUUCGCUCGCUGAUAAGUCGCGAUAUGGCUGGGAAUGACUUAGAGAAUGGAAAGGCUGAUCUAGACCCGCCCACGGCGUCGUCCGGCGCGGGCGAGCCUCCGGAUUCUUCUGCUUCGUCGGCGACCGCGAGCAAGGAUCAGACCGAGGAGCUGCCUGGCCUACCGCGGCUGAACUAUAAGCUACUAGAGCACAAGAAGAAGCUCUUUUUCGUGGGGGGUCUCUUACUUCUCGAAGGAAGCAUAUUGCCGAUUGUUCUGUUCUAUCCGCUAUGGUACGGUACGACGUUGAGGCAUGGAAUUCUUUUCGCAAUCAUCACUUCUUUCUUUGGCAUCGUCUCGGGUCUAGAGUUUGCCCACCGCUCGUGGCGGCUAAUCAUGAAAGAUGACAAGUACCGACCGCUGGACGGCAAGCGCUGGCGCUUCGACUUCACACACAUGGCGCUAUCGGUAGGAUAUACGGUCAUGACUGGAAUCCUGAUAGGCGCGUCCAUCCCCCACGAGCCGUUAGUGCGCCCGUUGGCCAUGCCACUACCCCUAUUCUUCAUUGAGGUCGGCUCUCUGGCCCUUGCUACGGGCUUCAUGGAAGUCAUGCACAUGCCCGCCACCUGCAAGGUUAGCUCCACGCCAAAGGGAGCGCCGAUACCCCCUGUGUUGUUGACGUUCAUAGAAGAUGUCGUGGCUGUGGAUGGCGGAGCGGGGAAGACGUACAGACAGAGGGUAUUGCGUAGAUAUAAAGUCAGUAAAUAUUUCAGGACGUUGAUCAGGGGUCUAAACUGGUUUUGGGGUGUUGGCUCUAUGAUCGUUGGGGUUGGGUCUCUGGUUGUAGUGUGGACUAUUCCCCAAGAGAUCGCUUAUGGCAUAGGCUGGGGAGCACCGUUAGUUUUUACCAUUCUCUGGACCCUCAUCACGAUUAUAUGGACGCGCAGGAGCCUAAGGCUCGAAAAGAAGCGUUGGCUAGAAGAUAUACGACGGCGGAGUAAACAGGAGACGGAAAAGCCGCUAGAUACAUGAGGUACAAAGGGAUAUGCCAUUAGAUUGUACUACUAUUUGUUAUGAUACACGCAUGGGAUUUGACAUGAGCAUAGAUUAUGUGAAGCAACGAGGAUAUAUCCACGGGUAAUAAACGAUGUUCAAUUAUGCCUUAAUAUACUUAAUAUACCAAAGAUCCUAACGACGUGAAACUAUUCAAU